AUGCUGGCUAUACUGGCGCUGUGGAUAUUGUAUACAGCAACUGUCACAUCAGCUUCAGCAAUUGAAAAUAAGUUGAUAACACACUUGAGGAAACGGAUAGAAAACAAUCAAGUAAAAUUCCAGCGGCGAUUUGAGUUUCAGCAGCUUUGUAAUUCUGGAAUCGCAAUGUACACGAUAUCCAGAGGUUUCUGGAAAUGUGAAACUGAAAACGACUGCCCGUAUGGUUACGACUGCACUCGGAGCAAGAAGAGUAGCCGCGUGUGUUGUCCAACGAAAGAUCUUUGUCGAGUUGGGUGUCCGAUCAGUAACAGUACGGGUAUAUGGGCAUGCCAUCGAAAUGAAGAUUGUCCUUUAAAAACGAUUUGUGGUGAUAGUCUGCUAAUGCGUAUGAAUGGCGAACGGCCUACAGUUUGUUGCAUGAACGAGCAUAUAUGCGAAAAUGGAUUACCGCAGCUCGAUGCCUUCAAUCCUUAUCCAGUUCUUCAUGAAUGUUAUACUAUGCAAGACUGUAGGGACGGUUUUAUUUGCGGCAUAAAUGAUGGAGACCUGACAAAAAAAGGAAUUUGUUGCCCGGACCGACCCUAUCCGCGAACACUGACUCCGGAGGAAAAAGAACAUUUUAAACAGUUCCCGCUGAUUGGUAUACCAUCACUUCUUCUCGGUCUUACAUGCUAUUUAUACAUUAAAGAUGAAUUUGAACGUCGAGAUGAGGAGCGACGUAAGUCUUCUUUCACAAUACUUUCUAUGGAUAUUAAAGCGAUCUUUCAGAGAAAAGCACAAAGAAUGCGAUCAGCGGAGAUUAAAGAAAGUGAAUUUCAGAAUAAAGGAGUGUUGAAGUUAAGCGAAGAAAUUGGAGAGAUUAGACAUGCUCUGGAAGAUGAAUCGUCAUUUAGUCUUAGCAGCGUCAGUUUUGAGCCGAAAUACAAUGAAAUAGUUCUUAUUGGGUCUGCUGUGGAAAGUGUGGAGACAGCAGCAGAGGAACAUACACAGAGUUCUCUUGAGAACAAAUCGCUAGCCACGGCCAGGAGUCAGAGCAAAGCAUCUGAAUCGUCUCUUUCUAAGAAAUCAAAAUUGCCGCCCUCGACUUCAACUGAACAAAAAUCGGCCAAAACUACUUCGCCUGAAAAGAGUGCACUUACAUCGCCUAAGACCAAGUCAUCCAUGGUGAAAUCGGCUGGAAAAACUAGUUCACCAGGCACAUCCGUCCGUAGUACGAUCAGCACUCCAUCCCUGAAAUCCACGAAAUCCACAAAAGCUCCAAGACCGCUGAAGAUAAUCUCACGGUCCACCUCUGCGGGACCUACAAUCGCUAGGGAUGCUUCAAGACGAAAGCCAAGUACUCAGAUGCCAGGCCAAGCAAGGAGUUCCCGAGCGGAAAGUUCUGUAAUCCCAUCAGUUUCUGCUUCAAAGGCGAAGCGAUAUGUGGGAAAGUUCGUUGAACCCAACAUCAACAGGGAGGUCAACAGUGAAGAUAGAAGCUCUAGCGGCAGCGACAUGAACGAUUUUUAGAUAUUCUGGUUAAGCCUUCAUGAAGAUAGAAUUGUUAAAAUAGCAGAGAUCGUAAUUACUCUCUCUUUUUAUUUAUAAAAUUUAUCAAGUAAAUUAAUGGGU